CUCGCCCUUCGGCCCCGCGGCGGCGGCGGUGGCGGCGUGGCGAGGGUUGCCGUGACGUCUCCCGAGUCGCGUGGCGGACGGGUGACGCACGCGGAAGCCGCCGGCAGGCACCGCUGGCGGUUGUGCCACGGAGGCGGCGGCGGCCCGGAGAGGGCGGGCGGCGGCGGUGGUGCCGCCACUGCGCAUGCGGCGCCGGGAUGGAGCCGAUAAAAUGCAGUACAGGUGGUAAAAGCUGCCUGAGAAGUCUGCAGACAGUUGUAUGGCUGCUCUCAAGCUUCAGACUGCCUUGGAUGGGCUGAUUAAAGCAUCUUCCACUGGCUGGCACCGAUGCGAUUAUAUACACUGUCCAAACGGCAUUUUGUUCUGGUCUUUGUAGUAUUCUUUGUUUGUUUUGGUUUGACAGUCUUCAUAGGAAUAGCAGGUCCUAAUGUAAUUGAAACUUCUGUAGCAAGAACUGACUUAAAUAACAGCCUAAAGCUGAAGCCAUUUAAUUUAAGUUCGCCACCACUGUCUACUUACAAUCAGCAGCUGUGGCUGACCUGCAUAGUUGAGCUGGAUCAGCAAGAUGUGUCCCUCAAAAAGAAUGUUAGUAUGACAGUCAAAAUACUUGGAGUGGUGAAGGAUGGAAGCACACCAUAUGUUAAUAACCAAGUUCACAAUCGGACAAGAUUACUCAGUUGUGCACAAAAAUGCAGUGAAAUCAUUGUUGCUCACCUUGGCUACCUGAACUACACUCAGUACAACAUAUUUGUUAGCUUGGAAGAUCUAAAUAAGCUAACAUACACCAUCCAGAAUAUUACUUUCACAUGGAAGACCUACAAUCCAACUUUUUCCCAAGUGGAAAUAUGGUUCCGAUUUGUCUUUGUAGUUCUUACUUUUAUGGUCACGUGUCUGUUUGCACAUUCCCUGCGGAAAUUCUCCAUGAGAGAUUGGGGUAUUGAACAGAAAUGGAUGUCUAUCCUCCUUCCCCUCCUGCUACUUUACAAUGAUCCAUUUUUCCCCCUUUCUUUUCUGGUGAACAGCUGGUUUCCUGGAAUGCUGGAUGAUCUAUUCCAGUCACUGUUUCUGUGUGCACUGUUGUUGUUCUGGCUUUGCGUCUACCAUGGUAUAAGAGUACAGGGGGAAAGGAAGUGCUUAACUUUCUAUCUGCCCAAAUUAUUUAUUGUUGGACUAUUGUGGCUGGCCUCUGUUACAUUGGGAAUAUGGCAAACUGUUAAUGAAGUACAUGAUCCUACAUAUCAAUACAGGGUUGACACUGGUAAUUUCCAGGGAAUGAAAAUCUUCUUCCUUGUGGUGGCAACCACCUACAUUCUCUACCUUUUGUUCCUGAUAGUGAGGGCAUGUUCAGAACUUCGUAACAUGCCUUAUGUUGAUCUCAGGUUAAAAUUCUUGACUGCAUUAACCUUUGUAGUGCUUGUCAUUAGCAUUGUUAUACUCUACCUACGCUUUGGAGCACAAGUUCUACAGGACAACUUUGUUGCUGAGCUGUCAACUCAUUAUCAGAAUUCAGCAGAAUUCUUAUCAUUUUACGGUUUAUUGAACUUUUAUCUCUACACGUUAGCUUUCGUGUAUUCCCCCUCAAAGAAUGCACUGUAUGAAUCACAGUUGAAAGACAAUCCUGCUUUUUCUAUGCUGAAUGAUUCAGAUGAUGAUGUGAUUUAUGGGAGUGACUAUGAAGAAAUGCCACUUCAGAAUGGCCAAGCUAUUAGAGCCAAGUAUAAAGAGGAAUCGGACAGUGAUUGAUUUUGAUGUAGACAGACUUGUUCAGUUGGAAUUAAACCAAUCCUGAAGUUUUCCUAGAUGGACAACUUCUUUGGCUUCCUUACUCUGCUGUCAUCUGAACACCGACUCCGAGGAAGGACAUUCUGUUUCUGUUUACAAAGUUAAAACUGAAAAAAAUAAUGCUUGAAAAAGUUGUGGUGAAAACUUCAGAAACCAAAAUAUUUACACAUCUUAUAAAAUGCCAGAUAGAAGGAUGUCUAUGGACUAAAAUCUUUAAGUCUAUUUCCAUUUAGAAGUGUCGCUGAUUAUAUGCUGAUUUUAAAAUUGCUUCCUUGCUGCUUGGGGUUUUUUUGAGGAUUAUGUACAGCAUCCUGUCAUUCAUCUGUUGCGUUUGUGUUAGCUCCUUUGUAUAUUGUCCACUGCUGUACGAAGUGCCUCAUUUCCCUUUCAAUUUUCUACCUUAGUCUUUUGAGCUGGAGGCAGGGAAUGAAGUGGUUUACAGUUUUCUCUCGUUUUUUUUUUAAUACAAGAAAACACAAGCUUUCCAUUCUUCGUUUGAAGAAGUGAUAUAGACUUAAGACCAAUUUUUAAAUUCAUUUAAAUGAGUUUACCAAAUUUGUAAGUGUGAGAUACGUGCAAAUAGUCAACUUCUAGUGAGCCAAAAUAGGUCAGUGGUGCAAAAUUAUCUGUAUAAUGUAUGUUUCAUAACAUGCUUUACCGCUGCAACAGAAGUGUUUCUUUUGGUUUUUGUUUUGUUUUUUCAAAUAGGCCUUUCAAAUAGAAAUAUUUAGGCAGUAACAAAUCUCAGAAGGAAGUCAGUAUUCUUUUUUCUGGGUUUUUUGUAUACUGGAGGAGAUUGUUACAGAGAAUACAGUACGAAAGUUUCAUAGACAAUUUCAAAUUUCCAAACAUUUCAUUUUUAGAGACUUUUUCUACCAGAAUUUUUCUGUAAGUUUUAUUAGUAGAUAGUUAAUCUACAUCCUAGGAGCAAUUGUGGUUGCUCUCAUAUUGAACAUGCAUGAGAGUUGGCUUUUGGGCAUGUUCUGUGCAUAGUUCAACUUCUUUGUCAUACCACAGUUGCCACCUGUACUGAUCGGAACUUUUACUAGUCCAUUUAGUGAUUAUCUGUGUUCCAGUCUGUGCCGGAAUGGAGUUAUAUGGGAAUUAAGUAUUCCUAAUACAGUGCUGCUGCUUCUCUAUUUAAAAGUUGGUUUUCUCCUACACCAUUAUUCAGUUCUUUAUUUAAGUGGAUGCUGUUUGUUUCUAACUACUUUUAUUUUCAGGUACUUGACCUGUCUGAAAGUAUCCUUUUUUCAUGGAUUCAUAACUGUGAUUUAUCUUGUAAAAUUUCUCUGCCCUGCUGCAGAAGAAAAGACUCUCAAAAGUACUGUUAACGUAUUAGAAAAUGGUGCUGGCUUAUGCUAAGGAAUUGUACUCGUCAUUCAAGUAGUUUAAGCAGAAGAGUGCAAUGAAGCCCUACUAGAUUUGCUGAAUCGUAUUGAGGAAAAAGUAGAUUUGUUCCGCUUUGAUGCGACAACUGCUCUAGAUCAUUCCAAUUACAAUAACCUCUCCUGGUAGCUGUUCCAAGAUCAUGAAGGGGAGACUUCCCAGGACAGCAGUUUGCUAAGAGAGGAUCAAAGGAACUGCUUCAUGUGGUUACAUCCUUUCUGUCAUGGCAUAGUUCAGAUUAAAUGGUUAAAUCAGUGCCCUGCUAAAGACAAGUGUGGUAAGAUACUCUGUGUGUGGGAGGGAGAAAACUUUGUAAAACUAUGUAGAGCUGUGACAUUUUUUGAAGGUAUUUGAAAUUUACAACUUUCUGUACCAGGGAUCAUGUAUUUGUUAGGAGCCAAAGCACUAUUGUAUGGCUAAAGCAAGGAAACUGCUG